AUGGAAGGACGUACAAUUUCAUCGCAGCUACAAGGUGAAAACUUGACAUCACUUGGGAAUGGCACAACACUAACAGAUAUUUCCCCAAAUGAUGACAACCGGGCCGUUUCUAGAUCAUUUUCUUAUGAUGCUGACCGGAGAUACUUCCAUUUGCAGCGUGAUGGCUUAGUCUCAAAGAUAGAGAAAUUCUCGGACCAAUGGGAUGGAGUAGAGCCUGCAGAGGAUCUUAAGCUUGGUUCAGAAUUUUCAGAAAAAACACUGGCAACAAAAGUAGAGAUGAUGCCUCUUUACAUUAAACCAUCUUCCGACGAAGAUGUAUGUCCUACUUGUCUAGAGGAUUAUACUCCUGAAAAUCCAAAAAUCACAACACAAUGCUCCCAUCAUUUUCACCUAUGUUGUAUAUAUGAAUGGAUGGAAAGAAGCGAUACUUGUCCUAUCUGUGGCAAGGAGAUGGAAUUCAGUGAAAGCCUUAACUUCAUCUUGGACUUCGAUAAGUUAUAG